AUGUUUAGAUGCUUAAGAGGAUUUUCUUAUGGCAGUCUAUUAUGUAUUUUUCAAAUAUUUCUUUAAAAUUCUAGAGAAAAUUAAUUUCAUAUUAUUAGGGAUAUAAAAAUUGCAGUAUUGCAAAUGGUAAUAUAAUGGAAACCCCACCCAAUCAUUCGAAUAAUAAGAUUUCAAGCAUUUCAACGAAUCAUGUAGAAUUUGACUACUUAUUAGAAGAAAGCCCAUCUCCUCAAGAAUACCUUUCUAGCCAAACAAUAGCUACUCAAUGCAGUCUACAAAAUCCUCCCCAAGUUAAUACUUCACAUUUAAUCGCUACUCAAAAGCCUUUAAAUAGGCGACUUAACCGAAUAAAAAAUAUUUCUUCAGUUUUUGAUUCCACAAAAAAUUCCAAAAAAUCAUCGAAGUUUUCAACUAAUGAAAAUAGAUCAAAAAAAAUAUUCCGAAAAUGAAUAUAACUGUCUGCCAUGAAUUUAAAUUAAAAUGGGUAACUUUUAUAAAAAUGAAGAAAUUAUUAUAAAAAGAUAUAAUUUAUCAUGAUUAUUAAUAAAAAUUAAUCAUAUUAAAUAUAGAAAAAUAGUUGGUAUUUGACUGUAACUGAUUUUUAUUUAUAGAGUAUAAUUGACCGUGAACAAUCUACAACCCCGAGUCCAAUGCAAUCAUCUUUAAGAGUUUCUCCUAUAAAACGUUCAUCAAGCCCACUAGAAAGAAUCAUUGGAAUUUCUUCACCGGAGCGAUCACAUAAUCUCAGUUGUCCCCGCGCUUCAUUUCUUCCGCCCAUAUCUCUUAAAAAGCAAGCUCCAUCACUCAAAACUCAGCUUCAAGCCCGUGUUUCUAAUAUAAUGGAAGCCCAAUCCUUAGCUUCUAAAAGACCUUAUAAUAACUCUCCGAGAUUUUUCGAUUGGCAAAAUUGUUUAGUAAAUUUCCUUAAAAAAAACAAGAAAAGGAAUCUUUCAUAUGAAAUGACAGUUUUAAAUUAA